GGGGGCAAUGGGGUUCAAUACUGGUCAAUGGGGUUCAAUGGGUGUCAAUGGUGCUCACUGGGGUCCCUGUCCCCCCCAGGCCGUGCAGCACCUGGUGUCUGUGGCUCAGCGCCUGGGUCGCCUGCAGCAGGAUUGUGGCCUCAGCACCAGCCCUGAGGACAUGGAGCAGGAGCUGAACUUCAGCUACAUGGACGUGGUGCUGGAGUGGGCACAAGGAGUGCCCUUCGCCUCCAUAGCCCUGCAUGGGCUGCAGGAGGGGUCUGUGGUCAGGUGCAUCCAGCGCCUGGAGGAGCUGUGCCGCGAGCUGCGCCAAGCGGCACACGUGGUGGGGGAGCCGGCGCUGGCAGCCAAGAUGGAGGCAGCCUCCAUGCUCAUCAAGAGGGACAUCGUCUUCGCCGCCAGCCUCUACACGCAAUAAAGGGACGUCAUCAAACGGCGACGGGCUCCGUGUGACGUCAUCUCCCGUCGCCCGCACCGGGAUCCCCUCCCCCCCCAUGAGCCGUCGCCGCCGGGACGGGAUCGAGGCCAAGAGGAGGCGACGGGAGGGCAGCCCUGGGGCAGUGGAGGCUGCCCUGGGGGCCCUGGGGGCCCUGUUCCCUAUAGGGCUCUUUGGGGACCUGCUGCCCCCCCUGGUCCUGCGUCACCAGCUCUACAGCAUCAUCAGCGACCGCACGGCCGUCGACCGGCACCUGGACAGGCUCCGGGCUGACGGGCGCAUCCGGCUGCUCCAUGUGGGGCUGGGAGCAGAUACACUGGGGGUGGUGUCCAUGGAGGCCUAUAGGGAGAAGGUGCUGGCAGGGGCCGCAGGGUCCCCCCGGGCCCCAUUGAUCCGGAGGUUCCUGGAUGGGGUCGUGGGCACCAGUACAGCACUGGGAUAUGAGGAGAGGGAACUGCGGGAAUGGGGCUUCGGAGACCGCGACGUCACGCAGCUGGUGGCCGCAGGGCUCCUCACUCUGCGGGAUGCUGGGAGCUGGUGGCUGUCGGUGCCGGGACUGGGACGCUUCAUCCGCGCCAUACUUAGGGGCCGUGGGGUGAUCCUGUCUCGCCUGCGCCGCUCGCGGCACCAGGAGCUGCUGCUGCAGGAGCUGCAGGAGAGCAGAGCUCCCCCCGGAGCCGCCAUCGGCCUCAGCUUCAUCCUGCAUGACCUGCUGGGGGCUCAGAUCCUCUGCAGCGUCCCCACGACCUCGGGUCCGAUGCUCCGAUUGGCUGAGCCCUGAGCGGCCCCUUCCCAUCAUGCAACGGGGCCCAGAGGACCAAAAGGGGGCGUGGCCUCCCCGGGGGGGGGGGUGGGGCCCACCUCAGCCCCUCC